CGUCAACACAGGGCGCAGUCAGUGCAUGGAGAGGACUACAGGCUGCGGGGAUUUGCAGUCAGAUCAAAACGCAGACAACAGCACAGAGCGCGGAGGAAAAAAUAUAUUUGUAUCCGCUGCGCGAGGAUAUUAUCUCCUUCCUUCUCAUCAGCGCAGAGUGGAUUUUUAUUUAAACGCGCGUCAGAACAGAAUUAUCUGACUCCUUGAAAGUUUAUUCAGACUGUUCCAAUUUCUCAAACUUAAAACACCUCACAUUGGGAGCUGAUCGAUGCGAGGAGCCAGCGAAGUGGUUUGCUCGCCAGUAGUGUGGUCAGAGCGGGCUGUGAGCGGCGGAGCGGUGCGCGCCUCGCUCGCUCUUUACGCGCAAAGGGAAAAGAGUGAUCAGGCAACACCGGGAAUCCAUGACGAGAAAUGGAAAUUACAAAUUGGAAUUAAAUGUUGAAAUGACAAUGCCUUGAUCAUCGACUGCAUCUCCUGGACUGAGAAGCCGCUGGAAAACGCCUGAUACAAGAGAGAUGGCCUUGAAUUCUGUUGUUAAGCUGAGUCCCUGCAACCACAUCUCCACAAUUAACAGGAGGUUGUGACGAUGAGGAUGUGUUCGGAGCCCCAGGCACUGCAAAGGUGUGAAGAUGGAGUCCUGACCUCAGGUGGUUCUUCCACCUCAUAAUCCUCACUGUCGUCUCUUUCUGUUGGUGUGGGAGUGGGAGACGUGGAGGCUGUGAUUAGCGGGCUGAGCCCGUGAGUGAACCUAUGGCAGAGAGACAGCACAGUGCAGGUUCCUAUGUAUGACUCUACCAUGGACCACAUCAUCUGCUACCUGCUGGUCCUGGGAUCCACAGUGAUGAUCACCCAUGCAUGCCCCAAGUACUGUGUAUGCCAGAAUCUGUCCGAAUCCCUGGGGACAUUGUGUCCCUCCAAAGGCCUUCUUUUUGUGCCUCCAGACAUUGACCGCAGCACGGUGGAGCUCCGUCUGGGAGGCAACUACAUCCUCCGCAUUACGCAGCAGGACUUUGCCAAUAUGACCGACCUGGUGGACCUGACCCUCUCCAGGAACACCAUCAGCUACAUUCAGCCUUUCUCUUUUGGUGACUUGGAAACACUACGCUCGCUUCAUCUGGACAACAACCGCUUGGUGGAGCUAGGCCCUGAUGACUUGCGAGGCUUGGUCAACCUGCAGCACCUCAUCGUUAACAAUAACCAACUGGGACGCGUCCAUGACAAGGCCUUUGAGGACCUGGCACCUGCCUUGGAGGAUCUGGAUCUCUCCUACAACAACUUGAUGUCUUUGCCCUGGGACUCAGUCCGCCAGAUGAUUAACCUGCACCAGCUUAGUCUGGACCACAACCUUCUGGACUUUAUUCCAGAGGGGACUUUUACUGACCUAGAAAGGCUGGCAAGAUUGGACCUGACCUCAAAUCGCUUGCAAAAGCUACCCCCAGACCCCAUCUUUGCCCGCGCCCAGGACUCAAUGAUUCUGACUACACCUUAUGCUCCCCAGCUGUCUCUAAGUCUAGGUGGGAACCCACUGCAUUGCAACUGUGAGAUGCUGUGGCUGCGCAGGCUUGAAAGAGACGACGACCUGGAAACUUGUGCCUCCCCUCCUGCUGUGAAGGGUCGUUACUUUUGGAAUGUGAAGGAGGAGGAGUUUUUGUGUCAGCCGCCUCUUAUUACCCAGCACACCCACAGAAUGCUGGUACUGGAGGGCCAAACGGCCAGCUUAAGGUGCGAAGCAACUGGAGACCCUUCUCCUACCAUCCAUUGGAUCUCCCCUGAUGAUCGGCUGCUUGGCAACUCCUCCCGAACCGCAGUGUACAGCAAUGGAACCCUGAGCAUCACAAUCACCACCUCGAAGGACUACGGCACCUUCACCUGCAUCGCUGCUAAUGUGGCUGGGGAGUCUACUGCCUCUGUGGAGGUGUCCAUCGUUCAGCUUCCACACCUCAGCAAUGGCACUGGUCAGCCAGCACCACCGAAGUCACGCCUCUCUGAUAUCACAGGGACCACCAGGAUCAGCAAGGGCGCUCCCAAGAGCCAACCAGAGAGGACUGUGUCUGUCUCUGAGGUGACAGCUGUUUCAGCGCUGGUCAAGUGGACAGUCAGCAAGUCAUCUCCCAAAGUGAAGAUGUACCAGCUCCAGUAUAACUGCUCUGAUGAUGAGGUUCUCAUCUACAGGAUGAUCCCGGCCUCCAGCAAAGCAUUCCUGGUGACGAAUCUGGUGUCGGGAACGCGUUACGAUCUGUGUGUGCUGGCCGCCUGGGAUGACACCGCCACUACGCUCACGGCCACAAACGUGGUGGGCUGCACCCAUUUCUUCACCCAGGAUGACUACCCUCAGUGCCAGUCUCUGCCCAGCCAGCUGCUUGGAGGCACCAUGAUCCUGGUGGUGGGGGGCAUCAUUGUGGCUACUCUGCUCGUGUUCAUCGUCAUCCUCAUGGUGCGCUACAAAGCUGCAGAUACUGAGCCCCCAGUGGGUAAACUGACCAACGUCAGCGACACACACUCUCAGACCAACGGGGGUCGACUCGGGCAAAAUGGACUUCUCAUGCCCCAGUCUCAGCCUCAGCCUGAGCUGGUCAAGGCCAAAGUGACUCUGCAGGAUGAGGUGGUGGAGUUCAAGUGCGGCUCCCUCCAAAGCAGCCUCACCUCUUCUUCCUCGUCCUCAGGCUCCAUGGCGGCGGGAUCUUACAGCCCCAACAGCACACUUGCCAGCAUUUGGAGGUCAGCUCCCUCCAAGCCCCGGCCCAACCUGGACCACCUGCUCGGGGCCUUCACCUCGCUGGAGCUGCGGGGGGCGCAGGGCCGUGACCCGGGAGCCUCCAGUAGCGCCACAAUGGCGACAGGGAAACCCCACACAGACAGGGAGCCGCUUCUGGGCCGGACGCUGGACUCCAGCCUCAGCCGGCUCCUCAUGCUACCUUUGGACUCCAAGCCAAAAAGGAGCCAGUCCUUCGACAUGGGAGACGUAUCAAGCGCCGGGGCCGCACAGUUGUGCAACAAACCACGCAGGAUCAGCAGUAUCUGGACUAAGAGGAGCCUCUCUGUAAAUGGCAUGCUGCUGCAGUGCGAGGAGGAGGGGGACACGGGAGGGAGCAAGGGUACGAUAGACAGCGCUGACUGGGUGAUGGAGAGUACUGUCUAGGAAAGAUGGAGGACCGUCACACUGUCAAACACUGCCUAAUUGGACGGCCAACAGCCAUGCCAAGACAGACCCACUGUUCUCAGAGCCUUUGUCCUGCAUGAAGCACACACAUUUUCAUCCCUUCCACUCCACCGCUCAGACUCAAGUGGGACAGGACGAGGGGUUUUCACAGUCAUAGCCAAAUACAAACUUCAGGAAUAAGACCUUUGGAUUGUUUUGCCUCACACUUUGUACAGAGAUGGAUUAACACAGCACCAAGAGCUG